ACAAAAGGAGGAAAACACUCGAUCUGCUUGGACAAUUGCAAGAAGGGCGUCCAGUGUCGGAAAGGAGAAGACUCGAGUCUAUCCAGUGCUAGCUAGCAUCAGUCAAGUCAUACCUCCUUUACCUUGUCAACAAUAGGUGUUGAGAGAUCCAGCUCCUGUUCUCUCUAUUUAGUUGUUGAAAGGAACCACUCAGCACAUCCACUCAGUCCAUCGAUCUCCAAGCAUCGAAGAAAAAAUGGAUCCGGAAACCAUCCUGGUGCCGGACGUUCCAGCCCACUUACGAGAUGCAAAUCAUGCGUGCAAUCGACCCAAACGAACGCUGCUCUCCGUGACGACUACCAAGCCGUCCACCAAUGCCAUGACGGCAGGAGCAGUGGCCAUGGUAGAUCCACAAGUAGGAUCGGUGGCGUCGUCGCUCACCAUUUCCGGAGAUUUGGCAUCCACCACGGCAGCGUCUCAACAGCAACAACAACUGGGUGUCUGCUCGAUUUCCCCCUUUCCGUUGCUCAAAUUCUCCAACGCACCGUUGGCCAUGGCAUAUGCCGCAAAAAACAACAAGGACUGUAUGGCCAUGUUGGUUUCCUUGCAUCCGUCGCAUCCCAAGGUACACUGGAAGGCAAGACUGCCAGAAGCCACUCUGUCGACAAUACUACGACUAUCUCCCUGUGGCCACUAUGCCAUUGCCGGAGGAAACUCGGGGUGUCUCUAUAUAUGGUAUACGCUAUCCGGAGAAUUGAUACAAACCGUCCGUAGAGCACAUUACCGCGCCAUUAGUGCCAUGUGUUUUGUGGGCGAUAAUGGGAGAUUCCUAGUGACGGGAGGACAGGAUGGAAUGGUACACUUAUGGGCUCUGCGUGAUAUGGUACAGUCCUCCUCCCAGCAAGUCUUGCCCAUUCGAACCUGGGCACAACACGCUGUACCCAUUACCGCCGUCGCGGCACUCUCGGAGAGUAGAGUGGUGUCGGCAUCGCAAGAUGGAAUGAUUUUGGUGUUGGAAACAUUUUCCGAACAAGUCUUGGCACAAAUACAAUUGCCACAAGGCGUGUCCAGCUUGACGAUACGACAUCAACGAAUCUAUGCCGGGGGACAGCUGGGGACCAUUUUCUGUUUGGAUAUGGAUCAGUACAGUCUGCAUCAGACGAUACAGUUGGGAGCUCGUGUGAGUAGUGCAUCCGAUAGUACACCCGCUGCAAGUCAACAUCAGCAACAAUUAUCCUAUCAAACAACCCUGACCGGACAUUCAGAGGCAGUGACUGCCAUGGCUGCUUGGCGCGACCAAGCCACUCAUACCGAGUAUGUCGCCAGUGGGGAUGCCAUGGGCACCUUGCGGAUAUGGGAUGUCGAUUCCAGAGUCUGUGUUCGCAUUGUGCAGCCGUGGAAUGCCACCAAUAGCAACACUUCCGUGAGUGACAAGAAGAAAGCGGGCCAACAGCAUUCCAUUGCCAGUGUGACCGUCAUUGAGUUGCCCGAUGAAGAGUCCAAUGCUGGCCAAAGUAGUAAUGAUCAAGGCAUGUUUGCAACGAAAAGGCAUCGAGGAGCCAAGUCCAGAUCAACGGCACUUCCCGAACUGCUGCCGCCCUUGCAAAAGUAUCCCACGCCUCCACCAGAUUCAGGGCAGGUGAAAUGGACUCCCGUUAUGCUCUGGCAAAGCAACAUGACACAACCUAGUACCAAGAAUAAACAGGCUAGGGCUGAUAUUGCCUUGGAAAAGGCAGAACGCUUCGUGAAUCCAUGGCGAAAACGGGCAUCCGAGAGAAUCGACACAAGCUCCAACAAGAAAAUGACAUCCGACAAACAACCGUCCAUUGAGAGGGGUGAUGAUGAUGGUGACGCCAUGGACACGACAGGCAACAACAAAGAUCAAGAAGGAGAAUUGCAACGUCUACGAGAACAAUUAUUGGCUGCUGAAAAGGGCAAAGACGAAGAGCUCCAGCGAUUACGGCAACAGCUUGAAGAAUCCAACUCUACAAUUGACAGGUGGCAAAAGGUCAACAAUGAGCUCGUGGCGAAACUGAAGAAGAAAUCAAGCUAGUUGGCUUUGCACAGGAUGGUGCUUUUGACGGAGCUAAGUCUUGUCGAUGGUGCGGCAAUGGUGCAGAAAGUGAUUGCUGAAAGCAGCCGUCCGCGGACGCUAUUAACCACUCAUCCUUCUCAGGUGCGCUCAGGUGCGAGGUACAAUGUACCGGUACAUGAGACAGCAUGCGAGACUGUGAAAGAUGGCAUUCGAUCGAAUUCCGGUUUGUUUGAUGCUUCAAAUGUAUGACCUGUAGAAAAUGUCAUUAUUUGAUCUUAUAAAAAACUCUAAUCUAAAUCCUGUGGUAUCGUUCGCACA